CAACAUUUGAUGUUUUUGUUUAGGUGAGCCAGAGAGCCUUUUCGAGGUUUUUGGAAAGAGCGCUUAAAUGUACAAGGCUGUUUAGUUUUGUAUUAUUGAUGUUGACUGCUCAGAAAUGUGCUUACUGCGAUCCUGAUUCUCCAAAGUUUCAGGAUCUAAGUUGGAUAUUACUUUGUCGUUGCAAUGAAAGUAUUGAUGAACGUGAGCCUGGAUUACAUCAUAUUUAAAUUUUUAAGCAUUGGAAUGGCGUUGGUGUAAACCGGAAUCUCCACUGCAGUCCUUCCAGCUGUCUGAAAAUGAUAAGACUGUUACAUUUCAUCCGACUAUUAGUUGGGGCACAGCUGUUGCACGUGGAACUGCCCUACUAACGAAUGGCCUUCACUAUUGGGAACUUAAAGCUGUAUCUCCACUUUAUGGAACAGAUGUGAUGGUUGGAAUCGGUCGAACAUGUGCAAAACUAGAUCAUUAUUCACAAGAAUUCCGUUCGGUACUUGGUAUUGAUUGUGAUUCGUGGGGAUUAAGUUAUCGUGGUGCACUUAUGCAUGAUGGUCAAACAUAUCCCUUGGGAUCUUGCGCUUUCAAAAAGGGUAGUAUAAUUGGCUGUCUUCUCGAUUUGUGGCAUUUAAAGCUUUACUUCUUCGUUGAUGGACAAUUGAAUCCGAAUGCUUGUUUCAAUCUGCCACGUGAUAAUUAUUAUCCAAUGGUAUCUUCAACUACGUUACGAAGUGGUUUUCGUUUGAUUCGUGCAAAAUCUUACCCAAUCACAUUGCAAUAUUUAAUAUGCCAGUAUUUUCUCCACCAGCAACAAAAGCAACCAUCGUUUCAUGCCUGUUUCAAUUUGACCACUUUAAAAUUUCCUGCUGGUCUUCGGGAAAUUUUAAGCAACACUUUACCUCACUCACUAUUCUUCAAUCAAAUCCAACAAUUAUCCUUCAUUUAUAAUGAUGUAAACAAAGCGCCAUCUCUUCUGCCUGUUGACUCACCUGAUCCUUUCUUAUGGAUUAGUUUUUCUCCAUCUGAUUCAAAUGAUUUAAACAGUAGUACAAAGGGCGAUAUGGAUAAAUUUGACAUUGAACCAUGCUCUCCGGAAGAGUUCGAUUUGUAUUCGGAUGGUUUGUUGAAUGAACGUGAGAGAUCAGUAGACAAAGAAGAUGAUAGUUCUGAUGAAAAUCAUCCAACUUGUGAUGGAAUAAAUGAGACCAAUUUUUAUAUAUCUACAACUACUGAAAGCAGUCAAAAAAGGCGUUAUCAAGCUGCCAUGUCCGCAAAUUGUGUGUUAGACAGACUAUUUGUUUUGGCUGCAAAAUCUACCAAAAAGGACGAUAAGUCUAGUGAACCAACAUCCCAUCUGAUGCGUAAUAUGAACUCUGUUGUUUAUGACCAUGCACUCUGGGGUGAAUUUGACGAAUAAGAAAAACUGUCAAAGUCAUAAAUUUUCAGUGUUACAAUCGAUCUCUUAAUAUCUUUACUGAAAAAUGAAUUUGUAUAUAAAGAGGUUCACAGUGUUGCUUGUAUAUUCUUCAAUCUAAUCUUUCUUUUAUUAAUAUAAAACUUUCGAUAUUA